AUGGCUCUAGCCCCAGUUGCAAAACGCAGCUCCGUAACACAAAAUGUUACACCGACGAAUAAUGACACUUGGGGCCAGAUAAAGGACCCUGUUGAGAGAAAAAAGAAACAGAAUCGCUUACGACAGAGAGCUUGGCGCGAGAGGAGAAAAGAAGCAAAAAGACCGAUUUGGACUAGUUACGACAACAAUAACGCCUGGAAAGGCUAUGGGAUGUUGGUCAUCUCAAAUCAUCUGCAAGAUAGUGAUAAAACCGACUUUGCGAGAAGCAGCACAAUAAAUUCACUGAGAAACAGCAGCGGUUGCAGUGGGGAUCUACAAUAUUCAUGGUUUGAUACUUGUGGCAUUAUUGCACCGACGGUCGAACACGCAAAGACAAGUAUACCAUUAUCUUCGACGACGACAACAACAACAAAAAGACACCAAGUCAUUCCACCAUUGAUGCCUUAUAGUACUCCCAACACAAAUCCUUAUAUCAGAAAACCAUAUCCGCUUAUAUUCCCACUAUCAGCAGAUCAUCGCCUAAUAACACUCGUUCAAUACAAUGUCAUUCGCGCUGUGAUAUUUAAUAUGACUCUAUUGUCGAUUCAGGACUAUCUCCCAGAGGGAUGCAUGGAGACACUCGGCGUGAUACCUCUGGAUGAUGAUACACCUUUGGAUAUGAUUCCACCCGAUCUACAGCCUACGCCGUUGCAAAAGCAAAUGCCAAAAAACAGCACUAUUUCUAAUCAUCAAACUCUAACCAAUAACAGUCUUCAGCUACCAUAUUGGAUUCAUGCAUUACCUUUUCCAACAUUUCGUGAUAACCUGAUCAUCUGUUCCGCCUCAAAGGUGUGUGACUUUAAAGAUCUUGCUCAGGACCUGGGCGAAGGUUUAUAUAAAGGGUUCGACGAUGCGGAACGUCGCGGGUUAUUGGUUUGGGGGAACCCGUGGAGUGGGCAAGACUGGGAAAUUAGUGAUGGGUUUGUGAAGAAAUGGGGAUUUUUGCUCAAGGGCUGUUGGGAUGUUAUUGAGGCGACGAAUAGGUGGCGGGAGUUGAGAGGGGAGAAGAGGUUGGUUUUGGAGGUGUAG